AUACUUGCGCACCGCUCGUCCCGAACAAAACCCGCCUCACCUACCGCCAUUGACAUUCCGAGACGCGCAUUACUAUCUGAAUUCCCUUUCCCUUCCGCCCUUUCAGUACUUUCUUCUCCAAAUUUCCAACCGAUCUUGAGUCAUAUCAGUCUCCGUCUUCAUUCGGUGCCAGGAAGGACACGCCGACACGAUGCUCCCAAUCAAGACCGAACCAGGCGUGGUGAUCAAGUCAGAGCACGAAGCUAGGUUCGACUUCUCUAUUCCACGGCCGCCCGUUCCCUCUGCUCCUGUCAAACAGGAGGAUCGCAAGCCCGACCUCUUUUCGUCUACCUACGAUGGCCAGUCGAGGAGGCGACGAAGAUUCCGUCAUGCCAACAACUUCAUGGUCCACAGGCUUAGACAUGGGGAGACGAUACGCGCCCACUACAAUCAGUCUGAGAGCACAGUGGUGUUUACUCUUAGUCGUGGAGCAGCCGCUGCCAUCGACGGCUUCCCAGAAGAGGGGCACCGAGCUGAGGAAAUGAUUUUCCAGCGUCUCCGGAGGGCAAACUUCAACAUCCAACCGACAGAGUCAUCGGGAUUCCUGUGCCGCAAGGUACAACGCCUCCUAUCUCUCCUUCUAUCCGGGCCAUCGGAUGUCGUUUCUGUCGAGGUAGAACAGAUAUUUGGGCACAGUCACGCGCCUGAAGCUGUUUCGAAACAAGAGCAGACGAAGUCAGAAAGCAAGCCCGUUGCUCCGACGAUUCCGAGCUUUGCCGAACAUAUACAACAUGGGCACGUGAAGCCACCGCCUUUGUCUGCAUCGUCCUCCGGCAGAUCUCAACCCGCUGCCCAUAUUCCGCAGGUCCCCUCCAGUACUCCAGUACUUCAAAAGCCGUCCGAGGGCAUCUUUGAUAUGUUCAGGCCCAAAGAACAGUCCAAGAUCUUUUCUCAUCACAUCGCGUCGGAAAACAGAUCUUCUCCGUCCCUCGACUCCUCGUCUAACCUCACAUCGAGUCUAUUUGGAGGCUCUGGCGAUCAGAGUACGAGAAGCUCUCGCAGCGUCUUCAGUCAUUCGUUCUCGGAAACGAAGUCGCCUGUUCCAAGCAAGCCAGCCAUUUGGCCCACAAACUCCUCCAUUCUCCCUUCCCUCUUUGGCUCCUCUGGCGCGACUUCACUGUUCGUUGUGAAACUUCCACUGCCCAAUACAACUGUCCCGGCCGCUGCUGUCAAGCCCGCACCGGAGGUGAUUGUUAUCGACUCCUCUCCCAAGUCAUCUCCGGCGUCUUUUCUCCAGCAACCUUUGCCAAAGAAGCGUGCUGCGGAAACCAAGGACAGCGUCUGGCCUACCUCUUAUAGUCAGUCAGCUUCGCCUUUCUUCACACUCGCGCUUGGUAAAACGGGGGGAAGUUGUGAUGGGUCAACUGACGAGAAUCCUAUGCUUGAGAAGCCAGUGCGUAGUUCUGGAAAGGGGAAGUAGAUGUCGUUGUGUGUCAGAUGCCGAUGUCUGGCUCGCGUUCUUACUCUGUUGGUGAAAGUGACGGCUCCUUGGACGUUACCAGGAUGGAGAAGCAUUUGGAAGGUCCGGCUUGUUUGGCUUGAUCUACUGAUAUCGUUUCUGUUGUUGUUAUUGUUGGGAUACAUGAUGUCUCAAUGGCUUUGUUCCGGUUCCAGAUGGUUAUAAUGUACGUUAUGGCAAAGAGGUUGGCCCAACCGUCCUCAAAGUUAUGGGUCUAGGUGUAUGCGGCCGCAACACUGAGGGCAGUGGAAACAAGGAACCGCGACCAUGGUGGAAAGUAUCGCCCAGAGAUGAAACAUGAAUCGGAUUCGACAUGUUAGCGGUUACUUUAUCAGGUUACUUGAUCUCACUUCACAAUCACGUUUCUCCUUAGAGCAGUUCAUUUUGUUUACCUAUGUAUGCAUGGCCUUCCUCUCUGUAGGG